UAGCUAUAGGCCUUCUCGCACAUGGUAGCAUCCUCAUUUGUUCCCCUAAAAAUAGGACCAGACUAGUAGACAAAUUUUUUCGAAACCCAUGCAUCUUGGUACCUGAUACUGAGACUCAAAGUUCUGUAAAUGGUGUUGCUCAAGGAUAUAUAAGAGCGAGGGUACGGGGCUUGUGGCAUCCAGUCAAGUCCGCCUUGGUUUUCACUCGCCUCAACGUAGCGCAAAGGAUAAAAAAUGGCCUUCGCUGGUCUCAAUGAUGCUGAUGUGAAAGCUGCCCUUGAUGGCUGCGCAGCUGCCGACUCCUUCGACUACAAGAAGUUCUUCAAGGCAUGCGGCCUGGCCAGCAAGUCUGCUGAUGAGGUCAAGAAGGCUUUCGCCACCAUUGACCAGGACAACAGCGGCUUCAUUGAGGAGGAGGAGCUGAAGCUGUUCCUGCAGAACUUCUCUGCUGGCGCCAGAGCACUCACUGACAAGGAGACCAAGACUUUCCUCGCCGCUGGUGACAGUGAUGGUGACGGCAAGAUUGGAGUGGAUGAGUUUGCUUCCCUUGUAAAGGCAUAAAUUCCCACAGACCAAGGUUCACCUCUUUUCAUGGAACUGCGAACUCCUUACAAGAUUCAUAAAUCAUCAGCUGAAAGAAUAUUUUUUUAUACCUUAUUUAUGAGUUGACUGCGGACUAUUUUUCCAACAUUGACUGCAUAUUUACUCCAAAUGUUACAGAUGUGCUAUAUGUUCCAAAAAUCAUGACUUGUGCAAAUUGUACAACACCAUCUGCACUUUUGAGGAAGAGUGAAAAACCAGGAAUAAAACUCUAAUGAUGUGAAGUCA